CUAUAACCCCUCAAUUUCUGCAGAAUCCUUCUUCUUCUUCUUUUUUUUAAUUAUGGAUAUUUUCUUGGACCUUAACCUUAAUCCUUCUUCUUCUUAUCCUAAUUCCGCCAUGGAUGAAGCUCUUCAUUCUUCUAAAAGAGAGGUUGAAGCUGCAGAAACGAACUUGGAUCAGGAAAAACUCACACUCAGCUUGGCAAAUAAGGGAAGCGAUUUUCGGGCGACAUUGGAAGAAAAAUUGGAUAGAAAAAUCAAAGAGAAUGGGAGGUUAAGUCAGAUGUUAAGAGCAAUGUAUGAGAAAUAUAUGAAUCUUCAAAAACAAGUGAUGUAUUUGGUGAACCAACAAAAGGUGCAGAGCUCAGAAAUAGAAGCCGUUUCUAGGAAGAGAAGGGCUGAAGGAGAAGAAGAGUAUGAGAAUUUGGAAGGGAUUUGCAGCUCAAGAGAUGAAGACUUCAACAGGUGGCUCAAGAGGCCAAGGCUCAAUGGAAACUCAAAGGUUUCUAAGGUUUUUGUGCAAAAAGAUGCAUCAGAUCCAAGCUUGGUGGUGAAAGAUGGGUAUCAAUGGAGGAAAUAUGGCCAAAAAGUCACUAGAGACAACCCUUCUCCAAGAGCUUAUUUCAAGUGCUCCUCUGCCCCAAAUUGUCCUGUCAAAAAGAAGGUGCAAAGAAGUUUGGAAGAUCCAACAAUUUUGGUGGCUACUUAUGAAGGAGAACACAGCCAUGCUAGCCAUUUUCAAACUGAGCUAUCUUUAAGGUCCAUCAAUGGCGGCAAAGCCAGUGCCGUCCCGGUCUUAGCCACCAUCAAACCAUCGUGCGCCUCCGUGACCCUUGACUUGAUUCACGAAGACGGGUUGUUCAAGAGUCCAAAAGAUUACGCAGCGUCGGAGUCAGCAGCCUCAACGGAGGCAGCGGUUUGGCAAGAGUUUUUGGUACAACAAAUGGCUUCCUCGUUGAAAAAGGAUCCUGAAUUUGCAGGUAUCGUUGCAGGUGCCAUUUCAGGGAAGGUUUUAGGAAACCAAACAAAUCGAGAAUAAACCCUAAUCCCGAAACCCUAAAUCGUGCUCUAAAUUUGCUUUGUUUUUGGUACAAUCUUAGCCUUUUGUGAAUAUGUGUUUGUUUGGAUGAAACAAAUUGGUUUGAUCUUGGAAUUAUGGUUCAAUUGGCAAAGAUUUUAGAGACAAUUUCAAUCAAUAAACAUCAAUUAGGUUAAAAUGCUUCA